CAGACAUGGACGCUCCGACUGAAGACCUCCACUGAGGCUGAGCUCACUCCUCGCUCUUUUUCACCGCGUCCUGUCACCUUCGCUCGGUGCAUCCAGCUGAUUUGUAUCGGCCCGGAGUUAAGUCGACUCGCGCAGCAUCCAGAGGCUCGACCUCCUGUUUGUGAGGCAGAAAGACGUCACAAACACUGAUGCCGAUCGGUGGUUCGGGUUGAAUAUACAUUUCUUUUUUCCCUUAUUUUGACAAGCGGAAAGAAUGUCGGAAAGGGCCGAGGAUGACGUCAGAGGGGAGCAGCGCCGAGCGGCCAGGCAGCAGCUGAAGCAGAUCCAGCGGGGAGAAGGCUCCACAGCAAUGGCGACUGUUGCGGAGCGGAGAUCCCUGCCUAGUCCAGAAAUCAUGCUGGGACAGCCGUGGAGCAGCUGGGUCGACGCCACCAAACUCCACGGCAGCGACGGUGCCGAAUCCGAGGAAAGUUUCAAAGACUUGGGGAGAAACCGAGAAGCCAUGCGUCUGUGCAGAGAAGACAUGCCCAUAUUUGGCCAGUGUCCUGCUCACGACGACUUCUACCUGGUGAUGUGCAGCCACUGUGGGCAAGUAAUCAAGCCCCAAGCCUUCCAAGCACACUAUGAGAGGAGACACAGUUUGGCCAGCAAGCCGCCCUCCACAGCCACAUUUCCGGCCGCGAGCCGGAACCGAAGUAGUGGCAGCGGACUGGGGUCCGGACUGACGUCAACCACGGCGUCCGUGGCAUUGACCGCAGGCCUCCUUGGCCGGAGCGCCGCCGUCGGUCCAAGCCUAUCUUCCUCCUCAAUGUCGUCCUCCAACCCCAAAAUCCUCAAACCAGCCAAAGAGAAGCUGCCAGGCACUCAGCGAAGACCCUUCCCCCCCUUCAGGAGCCAGCCAGAUAAAAUCCUCACCCCGGCGGUCAAGGUGGAGAAGAUGCAUCUGAAUGUGGACCCCUCAGCCAAGCUGGUGCAGGCCCCCUCCACCCCGGCCUCUUCAUCCUCCUCCAGCACCACUGUGAGCUCCAACACUAGCACCCCCGCCAUCACCGCCACAUCGUCAUCGUCGUCGUCAGCCCUGAAACCAGGCCUUAACUGCCCCUCCAUACCAAAGCCCCCCUCACUGGCCCCAGGUCAGAUCCCCAACGGCAAGGGCCACACAUCCAACCCCUCCGACAAGAAGCCGGACAGCAGUGGCAGUAGCAGGCGCCAUAUUCCCAAGAAAGUGACAGAGCGCGAGUUCAAUCCGGACAUCCACUGCGGGGUUAUGGACUUGACGGCACGAAAACCAUGCACACGAUCUCUAACAUGCAAGACACAUUCCUUAAGCCAGCGGCGGGCGGUGCCGGGGCGGAGGAAACGCUUCGACUUGUUGCUGGCCGAGCACAAGAACAGAGCCAGGGAACGAGAGCGAGAAAUCCACCCUCCCCAAUCUCAGCAGCCCCCCCCUCUCAGGGACCCCAUCCCACCUCCUCACGUCGCCGCCUCACACGACGCCCACCAGUUGGCGCACGGCAACGGUCCGACACCAGAUGCCACUAAGCCUUCGACCUCCAGCAAACCCAAAUUUCCCAGCCCUGGUCUUCCACGACUCAACAGCAGUCACGGGGGAAGCGCCCCAGGAGACGCUGCAGUGGUCCACGAGUCCCAAACCCAAAGUGCUCCGGACGGUUUUUCCCGGCCGUCCAGCGACGAGGGAGAGAACGAGGAGCGGGAAGAGAACGCUGACAAACUGGACUGUCACUAUUCAGGUUAUCACCCUCGACCGGUAGCUUACUGUACCUUCGGAAGUCGAUUGUUAGGAAAAGGAUGCUACUCCUUCGACCGGCGGUGGGACAGAGCCCGGUGUGCCCUGACCACCAUGAUGGACAAACACGUCAACGCGCAAAUGUGGAAGAAAAUCCCCUUGGCCUUGGAGAACAGCUCCUCUUUCGCACCUGCCCACAGGACAAGCACAAACACCCACAGUAGCACCCCGUCUUCUGGCUUCCUGGGCCCCCCGGCCACUCUGCCCCAGACUCCCUACAGCCAAUCUCUGGAGGGCAAGUCCUUGCUCUCCUAUGGGACCACUUUAAAUGCCCGCAGUUCCCCACAAGGAGGCGCCGAGCACCCAGCCUACGGCACCACGCAGGCCCGACUAGUGUCUUCGUCGCCGCAGAUGCCUUCAGCCCACCUGUCCUCAUCAGCGCCAUCUCCUGCCUCAGGCAGGACGCCCAAGUCCCGCUCGUCCAGCAGCACCGCCAGGUCGUCCGUGUCCUUCAAACCCAAAGAGGUCCCCCCUGGCUCCUCCGCGCCAGUCACCCCCAACUCGGGCGGCGUCGGGCCGAUGAACAACAGUAGCAGCUUCAGCUCGGGAAAGAAGAGGAAGAACAGCUCGGUGCUGUCGCACGGCACCUCCGAGUCCUCCUCCACUAACGCUAGCUUCACAUCUUCGCCCUUCAAGAAGAACUGUGCAAACGCCGGCAGCUCAGGGAGCACCUUCCACCACAGCCCGCUCGGGUCCUCCUCUGCGCUCUCGUCCUCCCACAGCGGGGUCCACAGCGUGGGACUCAACUGUGGCCCGAGCGUCCGCACCAACUCUCUCAGCCUGAAGGCUGAGAGCGCCGGAGGCUCAGGUGGCUCCUCUGGGCCGCCGGCGCGAGGCCCCCCCUCAGGCAGCCCCGCCGAGUCCAUCAAGCGCAUGAGCGUGAUGAACAGCAGCGACUCCACUCUCUCCCUGGGGCCUUUUGUGCACCACCCGUCCUCCUCGGACCACCACACCAGCUUCAGCCACCACUCCUCGGACGGCCGCCUCGAAGGUAAGAAGCGCAAGAGCUCGCCAGCCUCCAGCGGCAUCAACAGUGUCGGUGGCGGGGCUCCUGGAGCAGGGAGACCCAAGGUGGCCAAGUCUCCCGCCAUCAACAACAUCCAUGGGAAGCACGGGCGGAACCUUCCGGGGACGCCGGCCAUGACCAACAACUCGCAUCUACAUCAGCCCAAGGCUCGUCCCUGACAGCAGCGUCCUGCUUCUCCUGGACGGAGACGACUCCAGAGCGGUCACGGAGCUGCUCCGGUCAGCACGUGGCCUUCUACGGACACAAAUGGAAAUACUCCCACAAUCCUCAGGGUGGAGACCAUAGGGGCUGCCCUCGCUCCCCUCAGCCAUGUGUGUCGAGGACCUGAGCCACCGGCGUCCGGAGGCCGCACGCCGCCGCCUCGCUGUCCUCACAGGUCAAGGGCUGGCAGCGCGGCGAGGACGAGAGCGUCGCCUUCACUUGAAUGAGCGUUCCGAAUGUGCGCCCAAGUAUUGUCUGUCGCCUGGACUCGUGAGAGAGCAGUUCCCCAAGCCUCGGACGGGAGCAGAGAACUGAUGAAAACAGAGGAACUGCUGUGCCACAUCUCCACUCUUUUAUGCAAGUGUUACCGCUUUAUUUCUUUACACUGAACCACACACGUUUUCUGAAGCUGCUGGCGACAUCGGGUGGUCGUCUUUUCUAACCAGCAGUCGCCCAGAUCCCCUCCCGCUGCCCCCCUUCCCGCCUGCGACCCCGCUCUCGGUUUAGAAAACCACUUUUGGCUGAAAUUCUGUGAAGUGCUGGCUAGGACAGAGCGAAGCGCAAUGCAAGCGCGGAACCUGAAGCAGGAGCCGGCGACAUCCUUUACACGGUGACUCCCGAGACGUCCGAGCCAAAAUGUUGAACCGAGACUUCGACUCUCUUGAAGUAACGCGAUGCUCUUAAGGAACCACUUGGGGGCGCCAUUUCGCUCCCUCAGAUUAGCGACCACCCUGCAUCAGAACCAUGAAAAUAUGGAAGUCAUGAUGGCGCAACAUGACGGGCACAUUAGACACGGUUUACUGCAAGUUCGUAUCCCAUGAGACUAAGUGUAAGUAGUCUCAGUUGAAUAUUUCCAGUGAGUUUACAUGCAUGAAAUGCCGUGUCAAACACCAGAGUCCUCGUGUCUGAGUGGAGUCACCGUGGUGGAGCGUCCAGUUCCGGCUGCUGCUUUAUGUGUCGGGGCGUCCAUGCGUCCCCGUCUUCCUGUCAGCAUCCUCCUGUGCUGUGAGGACGUUAGCUGAGCCGUGAACGAAAACACUCUUUGAGCACAGUGCGGGCGGCCACGCCCGUCUUCCCCCCGCCCCCCCGUCCAUGUGGUCCGGCCCUUUACUUCGCCCAGCAAUGAUUGUUCUGGAGUCAGGCUCACUGUUCGGCGACGUGUAACCGUUUUGGUUGCGCUGCCUUCCGACUCCGCUCUUUGUCGCCGUGGCAACUGGUUUUCUAAAUACUGAGAUGAGCUCAGGCUGCAGCCAGGCGUUUUGCUGACACUAAAUCACACGAGUGGCUACGGUGGAAACGUUUUCAUGGUUCAAAAAUCAGGUUGCUCCAACGAGAAUCACUGGUUCAGGCGCAGCGAUGUCCAGCAGCUCCUCAGCGAAACAGCAACCGAUGAAUGAGGAAAAAAGAAACGCAAACAUGUGUUUUCAAUGACUCGCCACCUGUUAGGAAGACAACAGGGUUGAGUGUACGCAGAUUCAGAGGUGCUGACCCUCAACCCGCCGCCGCCGAAGGUUUGUGCUCAAAGAUGUUUUUCUUGGCUCCGGAGUCCAAGUAGGAAUCGGCCUCCACUGAUGUCAGUACGAGUGGAAGUGACGGGAUCCGGCGAGUCGACUCAUAUAUUGAUAUAUAUUUAUGGAGAGUAUUGAGAGAACUUAUUUUGUUAAUUGUAAAUAGUCAAUAUGUAUUUUUGCACAGGCAAUUUCCUGCAGGUUUUUGGUACAACGGAGCGGAAAGUCGUUAUUUACUAUACCAGAAAAACGUGGGUUCGAAGUGUUUCACUGCCAAGUCGACGACGCGACAGUCUGGAAGCACCUCCGCGGUCGAAGCUCCACGGAGGAGGAACCGUUUUUUUUUUUUUUUUUUUUGAAGCCGUGCGUCAAGGUCUCGAUCACAGGUGCAUUACAGAACAUCUUGCCUACACAUCACCAUCUUGUGACCCAUUUACCGGAGCAGUUGGAGGAGAGGUCAUGAUCGGCUUUGAGACUUUUAAUUUCAAAUAUCAAAUUAAGAAAGUGCCUGAAUUAGCGUCACCCCGACUGUUUGUGUUCCAAUCUUUUAUUACUUGAAUGUUUUAGAGUUUGAAUUGACUACCAAACCCGAACUGCCCGGAGGAGGCGCGUGCAGCGGGCGGCGUUUAUUCGGACGCGACAUCACGAGACGGGGACACGGCGAUGAGGAGACGCAGCUCUCGUGUUGGCUGCUACGUAAUUCAUGAACAAACAUGUUAGAAUUAAUAUUUAAGGAAAGAUUGUAUAGUAUAUUUGUUUUAUAACAACUUUGUGUAAAUAAAAUAAUUUAUACUGUUAUUUAUACGAAACCUCGUCCGUGGCUGGUUUUUGCUCAGACAAGUGGCUGUUAGACAAAGUUUAUUAUUUACACACAGAAGAAAAACACGGAGGUGGCGGUUACAUGUUAAUGACUCGAGACAGCUUCUGGACUCUGUUGAGCAGCAGGUCUCCCUUCUUGAUGGUCUCCUGGUACUGCCAGUUUUUGCUGUCGGGCCUGAAGGAGGGGGACACACAUUAGGCUUAAUGGACACCAGCGCCACCUGCUGGUGAACCUCACCUGUUGGUUUCCACGAUCUCGUUGACCUUGUCGAUUUUACAGUGCAGACGUCCGGCGGCGAUGAACCUCGACAGUUCCCUGCAGAGACCCUUGUUAGCAUGGGCAGGGUUGGAUAGCAGGAACACUGCUGACCUCCAGGUAAGAGGGUCUUAGGACCACAGACUGCCGUGGGCUUGGCGAGAACCAGGCUUUGGCCCAGGACCCGAGUCCACCUGAAGUGGCAGGUUUUAAUGUGGACAAGCAGAUGUGGAGACAGUCCACAGUGAUAAAACAAGUCGUCUAUUUGGGAAGUACACAACUUGACAUAACACUAAAAUGUAGAACUGAGUUUGACAGAAGACUCUGCAUCUUUUCUGUUGUUGAACUAGUUUCUGAAUUAUGUGUCAACCGCCCGAGCUGGUGCUAAAAACGUGGCACGGGUGGGGUGAAUCAGACUUGCGCCCACUGGCCCAGUCCACCGUGUGACAUCCCCUAAGAUGCCAGUUCAGCGGCAUUAUGACCUGAGCCAACAAGGUGGUGGAGGAAGACACUCACU